AUGUUCCUCGUCUCUACCACCCACAACGCCGGUAUCAGUAAUCUCGUUCGACUGGCGCACUUCAUCAGAACCACGAAAUGCCCUGACCGAUUCGGACCGCGAACGCAUUUGCAGAUACCACGAAAAGAAUCCCACAGCCAGCCAAACAUACAUUGCAAACAUAUUCGUAGUACCGUUUCUAAAAUCUUGCGCCAGAAGGAGAGGUACAUGUACUGGGGUGAUGAACGGUCAGCAAGCAAGCUUGGAGGUAUCGAACGUACAUUGUCAAACUGGGCAAAGAAACACCAAGAACAGGGACUACUAUUAUCGGAUGCUGUUAUCCGAGAAAAGGCACGCUUCUUUGCCCAGGCUGUUGGUAGUCAGAAGAGCCUUCGAGAGAUAAACGGUACGAGGUGGCUAGAGAAGUUCAAGCAAAAGAACCAUAUUAUGGGUGUAGGGGCAGAACAGUCGGAAGGAGCUUCCUGUCCGCCAUCGAAUGUGCACUCGCCAAAGGCCGUCUCAUCUGCAUCUCCUAGCCGUUUGUCGCCUACAAGCACGACCGAGAUAGCUAGCACGCUCCCGAACAUCGGCGAAUCGAUGUUGCCCUCGUCGACUCAAGUUCCCAACUCGAUGCAGCCCCCAGCGCUGCCCAGUAUCAGUCAGACUGGUGGCAGGGAGUCAUUCGCCGACUCGCCGGCCACCAGCCUACCCCAAGAAGAAGCUGCACGCGCACUGGAGUCUGUCUUGAGCUUUUUCCAGUCACAGAAGGCCGAUAUCUUGGUGGAGUCACAGGAUUACGCUACUAUCUGCAAUCUGAUAAAGAAGCUACGCAUCAAGCCCAGUUCCCAACCAUGUGAUUCCGACAUGCGACGUGUGACAGAACUCAAUGUUACAACGACGACACUCGCGGCCUUUGACGUACACUACUGA